AAAAAUAAUUCAGUUUUUAAAAAAGUGGCCAAAAUGGAUUUGUAAACAUCACUGAACAGUUCCCAACAUUAUGCCUUCAUUGGUAGAGAGAAGAGUUCAACAUCUUAGAGGAGGGGGAGACAUACAGGAGUGUACACUUCUGGAAGUUGCUAACUGGUUUGCAGACCAAUAUCUUCCAUCAGACCUCACUCAAGUCAGUGUCAGAUUUCCAAAUGAAAAAAUAGAUUUAGAACUUGAAACACAGUGUCCAACUGAUACAACAAUAUUAGAAGAAACAUCACAAUCAUUGUCUAAGGAGGAAAAGACCCUGUUUGAUAUAUUUCUCACUCAUUAUGCAGGAUUUGAUGCGGAAUAUGACGUUUGGAAAUAUCUACAACGAAAUUUAAAAACAACAACAGCUCUCCUUCAUAACUACCGUGUAAAGAUGUUUCGCCAGUUUACUGGUACAGAAGAUGUUGAAGUUAAAGAUAACCAAGAAUUUGAUUUCUUUUUCAUCUUUGCUGAAUUUAAGAAGUUUGUCCACAUUGAGGUCAAGGCAGGUAACAGAGGAGGAAAAGGAUGGGUUGAACAGUUAAAGAAAGGAAAAAAAUUUUAUGAUGAAGUUCUAGAUGCAAUUGGAGGCGAUGAGUACAAAGACUGGGAAUAUAUACCUGUUGGAGCUUUUCCUAUGGCUGAUAACGAAACCAAGGUAAAAGGAUGGGAAUCAUUUCUAGCUGGAAACCCAAAAGGAUUGAUCAUUUCAAAGCAAGAGUUGAAUAUUUACAGCAACUUGGAGGAUUUGCUUAAAGGGAAGUUGGGUGACAGGGUCAAAGUUGAUGAAUCUUAUGUGAAACUAGUUAAGAUUCUUUUAGCUUCAGCAAACUGUGCCAAGCCAACAUCAACAAUGUCACUUUCUUUAAAGGAUUUGAUUCAGGAGACUCAACUCAAGCUUGUUGGAGCAGAAACACCAGAUAUAAGUGCUGGAGUGUCUACCAAUCCAGUUUCCUCAAAAACCUCAGUUACGUUUUCUAGUUUGAAGGGAGCUCCUGUUGGUUCCUUGAACAGCAUACUCUUCUGGAACCAGGAUCAAGCACAGUUCUUAUUUCAAGAUGUUCAUAGAUGUAUCAUAUCUGGGGAAUUUGGAAGUGGAAAAACUCUGUUGCUGACUGAAAAAAUGAGGUUCUUGUCAGAUAAAGGGCAAAAGGUUGUUUUCAUAUCCUGCCUGCUCCCCAAUGAAGGUUACAUAGAACUUCCUCCGAUUUAUGAAGUUCUUAUGAGAAAAAAUAUUGAACAAAUUGGACUUAACUGUAAGUUUUACAGUGCACUGGAAAUUUGCCGUUUCAUGAAGGUUGAUGUUAAAUUGGAGAAUUUCUAUGAUGUGCUUGAUAGAUUUAUCCAGAAACUGAAACUGGAGGAAAAUCUAUCCUUUAUUUUGGAUGAAUAUGGGGAUGAUAUGGAAUAUUAUAGCCAUCUGUUGUUAAGUGCAACAAGUUCCUUGGCUCAGAUAUUUACAGAUUCUAAAGCUAAAAAUGACUUCAUAACUGAUAGUGAUGAGAUAUCACUGGAAACAACUAAUGAUGAUGGUAUGGUCUCAGCUAAGACUGAAACUGCAGAGAUCAUUAUUUCCUUGCAUCCUCGCUGCAAUAUAAAAACAGAGAAGUUCAAAGAUCAAGGAUAUACUUGUUUACACUUAAAAAGUGUUAUGAGAAACACUGCCUCAAUUUAUGGCUAUGAGCAAGCGAUUAGUCAGAAUCAAAUGAAUGGUGCUUCACCGACCACAGUUCUGGGCCUUUCACCAGUUUGUAUUCUCAAUACUGGAGAUGACUUUUACAGUAAAAUACUUGAUGAGGUUUGUCAAAGGAGUAGAAAGUUUGUUUGUCUUAAAGAUAACGGUUUUGACCCCGACAGGUUUCUUGAGGAACUUAACAGAAAGAAAAUAAAACAAUUCAUGUACAAUAAAAGGGGAGAUGAGAAGAAUCUUGCUGAGUUUGGUGAGACAAAAGAAGGAUGUCUAAUCACGAAUUAUAAUCGUGCAAAAGGAAUUGAGUGUACUACCUUGAUUGUCUUUCUUAAAAAGUUUACAUUUGACCAAGAUUCCAGAAUUCUUCGCGGUACUACAUAUCUUAUAGUUCCAUAUAUGGAGCAUAGCGAGCCUCUUAGUAUAAAAGAGUCUGGUCAAGGUUAUUUUACAAUUAAAGCACAGCUGCAUAAUCCGACUUUAUACAGAAAGCUUGUGGAAUUACUCCUAGAGAAAAAGGUUCAGAAAUAUGUUUUAGCCCGAGAUGGAACUAGUUCAGCUGAUAGAGCAGUUAAACUAUUCCAGGAUGAACUGAGAAGACAGAGACUUCCACCUUUAGAGGAAAAACUAGAACCAGAUUGUUCAGUUCGGAGUUUUAUAGCGCAAAAGGGAGGUGUGGUGUUCAAGGCUAGUUAUGAUGAAAUAGAAGAGUUAAUUGCUAACAAUAUUCAUCUUAUAUACAUGACUGAGAGUAGAAGGAUUGGCAAAUAUCUUGAUGCAUUUGUACAUAAACACAAACCUGAAUUGUUUGUGGCUGCAUGUUCACUUUAGAAGUUAUUCAAGAUAUGAAGAUGAAAUUUUUGGAAUGCAUAACUAUUUCACUGAACACUGAUCAGAACUAUAGCAGAGGAGCUAUUCAACACAUUUUACAAUAAUGUUUUGGAAUGCAUAACUAUUUCACUGAACACUGAUCAGAACUAUAGCAGAGGAGCUAUUCAACACAUUUUACAAUAAUGUUUUGGAAUGCAUAACUAUUUCACUGAACACUGGUCAGAACUAUAGCAGAGGAGCUAUUCAACACAUUUUACAAUAAUGUUUACUAUAACUAUGUAUAGAAUUAUAUAACUUACUAUACUUAAUAAAUGUUCAUACAAUUA